AUGAAGAGAAAAGACCACGAUACCCAUUUGGACACGUUGAGCAAAAAGAAGUAUAGAGGAGUGAGGAUGAGAAGCUGGGGUUCAUGGGUUUCUGAAAUCCGAGCACCUAAUCAGAAAACAAGAAUAUGGUUAGGCUCACAUUCAACACCGGAGGCUGCAGCCAGAGCCUACGACGCUGCUCUUUUGUGUCUCAAAGGACCAUCGGCUAAUCUCAACUUCCCUCCCCAUAACUACCACCAUCUCCACCAUUCAACCACCGCCAUGUCACCCAAAUCAAUCCAAAAAGUGGCAGCAGUAGCGGCGGCGACCGCUGAGCCCACCACCACGAGUUCAUCAUUGCCGUCGUUACCCUCCUCCCCAUCUUCAUCGUCUUUGCAUUUACCAACGACUCCCGUUGGUAAUGAAAUCAUGUUGGAAAGUGAUUUUUUUGAGACGACUGUGUAUGAACCAUGGUCUUGGUGCAACUUGGAUGCACCGAUAUAUAAUGACGUAAUGUUCGAUGAGUCAAUGUUGGAUCCUAUGUGUUCGUUGUUGAUCGAAGAUGUUUAUGAAGAUGUUGGUGAUAUUCCUCUUUGGAGCUUCUGCUGA